UCUCUUUCUCUCUCCUCGCCGCUUUAUUUGUUCUCUCUCUUCUGUUUCUCUCUCUACUGGGAUUUCUCGCAACCGCCCAAGAAGAAGGCCGCCUCUCUCUCUUUCUCUCGAGCUCUCGCCGGCAGGGCGGAGGCCGAAACCUCGAUUUUGGUAGCGUUUCGCAUCGGGGGAAGCGUCUCGGACGCGUCGACGAGGAAGAGGGAGCGGGAAAGUGAACGCGUUUUUGGCGUGGGAGCGAAGCUAAGCUGGAUUCCCGGAUCGGAAAUGUCCGCUACCUAAGGGAUGAUAUCGGGCUUUUCCGACAUCGCUCCGAUCUUUCGGAUGCCGGUAAAAGAGGCCCGGGGCCCGAUCUAGGCGGCGGCCGGUGCUGGUUCAGGUUCCCGCCGUAGCGACCGAGCUCGGCGCCGGCGCUGGCGGCGCCGGCUGGGUGGACUGGUUGUUGGGAGCGAGGGCCAGUUCGUGGGGUGGAUUUGGUUGGGAACAGUGAUCGAAGACUAGUAGCUGGUAAAACUUUUUGCUUUUGGUCUUUCUUUUUUGUGGUGCUUUCUUUUUUGUUGUUUGGAAGCUCGAAUCGAAGCUAGAAAACCCUAGAUAUCUGCUGGGAGUACAGCGGCGAUGCCGGUGGAACUGGAGAAUUCCUCCGUGAUGACCUUCUCCAACUCGGGCUCCGCCGAGGCUAGCAUCUCCUCCGGCCAGCAGCAGGCGCCACCGCCUCCCCCGGCUCCGGCCAAGAAGAAGCGCAAUCUCCCCGGAAUGCCAGAUCCGGACGCGGAGGUGAUAGCGCUGUCGCCGAAGACGCUUAUGGCGACGAAUAGGUUCGUGUGCGAGAUCUGCAACAAAGGAUUCCAGAGGGAUCAGAAUCUCCAGCUGCAUCGAAGGGGGCACAACCUGCCGUGGAAGCUGAGGCAGAGGACGGGGAAGGAGCCGAGGAAACGGGUGUACGUGUGCCCGGAGCCGAGCUGCGUCCACCACGACCCCUCGCGGGCGCUCGGCGACCUCACCGGCAUCAAGAAACACUUCUGCCGGAAGCAUGGCGAGAAGAAGUGGAAGUGCGACAAGUGCUCGAAGAAAUACGCUGUCCAGUCGGACUGGAAAGCCCACUCCAAGACCUGCGGCACCCGCGAGUACCGCUGCGACUGCGGCACCCUCUUCUCCCGGAGGGAUAGCUUUAUCACGCACAGGGCGUUCUGCGAUGCGCUUGCGGAGGAGAGUGCCAAGUCGCAAACGAACAACACCGCCGCCUCGGCGUCGGCAGCGUCGGCGAACCAGAAGGCGGAGGAUGACGGGAAGGAGGUUCCGGCGCCGGCCACGGCCCCGCCGGCUCCCGAGAAGUCUCCGCCUCCGGCGGCGAUGGCCGGGGCUGGGUUGUCGCGCCAGCUGGUGGCUCCGCCGGAGCAGCAGCGAGAGCCGGAGAAGCCCCCCGCCGGGAUGCUGCAGUACAUUUCUCCGCCGCCGCCGCCGCCGCCCCCGCCCCCGCCGUCCUCCAUCACCAUUGGCAGCAACAACAGCAGCGGCACGACAAGCUGCAGUGGGGGAAGUAGCAGCGGCAGUAGCACCAGCGUGUUUGCGAGCCUCUUUGCCUCGGCCUCCGCCACCACCGCGGCGCAGAGCACCACCUUUUCCGACCUCAUUGGCGCAAUGAGCCGCACCGACCGCUCCCUCGCCACGGAGGCCCCGUCGCUAUGUCUGUCCACUAAUGGCCCCGCCUCCCUCUUCUCGCAGCCACCUCAGGAGCGCCGCCCAUUCCUUCCGCCGCUGCGGCCGCCGUCCCCGCACAUGUCCGCCACCGCCCUGCUGCAGAAGGCCGCCCAGAUGGGCGCCGCCGCCACUAGCAGCUCCUCCUUCCUCCGUGGCUUUGGGCUCGCAACCUCCACUGCCGGGCACCCGGACGGCCUCAAUGACAGUGGCUUUCAUUGGCGCCCGCAGCAGCAACAAUUGGAGCCGGAGCCCACCUCAAUUCUGUCAGCUGGGCUCGGACUCGGCCUUCCCUAUGAUAGCGCCACAGCCGCCGCUGCCGCAGGGCUGCCAGACUUGAUGAUGGGCGCGCCGCCGUUGUUCGGGCCAAAGCCGGCGACUUUGGACUUUCUGGGACUGGGGAUGGGACCAGUAGGUGGCCCCGCCACCGGUGGACUAUCGGCAUUGAUCACUUCCAUUGGAGGCGGCCUCGACAUGGGUUCCGGCGCAGCUGCAGCAGCUUCCGCUGGCCGUUUUGGGAGAGGGAGCUCGCCGGGGAAGGCGUGGGAGGGAGCGGAGAGGAAGCCCAACAGCCCUGCCAUUCUGUAGGCACUUGCAAUGAACUCCAAUGGGUUUUGGUCCCUUUCUUUCCCCUUCCAUUUGUGCAGCAGCUAUGGGAAUUCAGUGAGCAGUGGGACAAUUUUUAGAUGCUGGAGAUCGACGGACCGAGAACAUUCCCUUUUUCUUUGCUAGUUUCUUUCAGUCUAUGUUCUUUUUCUUUUGUUAGGAAGGAGCCAAACAGGUUAGAGGGCUUAGAGCUGUUCAUUUCUGCCUCUCUCUUUUUUUUGUUCUUAAAUAGCUUUUGUAUCUUGUUUUGCCAUCUAGAUUUAAAAUAUAUUUUAUAUAAAUAUAGUAUGGAUAGGUUAUA